AAACAAUGGGAAACGAUCAGUUGAUCAAUUUCGAGGUAAGGUUAUGGAGAGAUAAGAGAUUAGUAAUUGCAGAGGCAGUGGAGUUCGGUGAUCUUCUCUUCUCAUUGUUUAGCAUAAACUACUCAACCGAGGAGAGAGAUAAACUGUUACGUGUGUUCCAAGCGAAGAGUGAGGAAUAGUAGCUAAGCAGCCUAAACCCACACCCUUGGCUAUCUUCACUUUUACAGAGAGGUCUCUGUUAAGCUUCCAGGAGGAGUCGCGGAUUUGGGUUUCUUGUGAGAUUCGUUCUUUUGUGAUGAAUUUGUUUGCUGAAACUAGCAAGAUUUGUUGUUGUUUGUGAGAGGUGACUUAUGGAGGCUUCUUCUUGAAAGAGAGGGAAUUAUUGUCGGUGGUGACAGAGAGAAAAAAUGCGCAAAUCUUUCAAGGAUUCUCUCAAAGCUCUCGAAGCUGAUAUUCAGUUUGCUAAUACCUUGGCAUCGGAUUAUCAUGGGGAAUUUGAUGGCGCCUGUCUUCAAAUGAGACUGUCCUAUAGCCCAGCCGCUCAAUUUUUUCUCUUUAUUGUUCAGUGGACUGAUUGUCACCUUGCUGGUGCCUUAGGAUUACUUAGGAUCCUAAUAUACAAGGCAUAUGUUGAUGGGAAGACAACCAUGUCCGUUCUUGAAAGGAAAGCUAGUAUAAGAGAGUUCUAUGGAGUAAUAUUUCCCUCUUUAUUGCAACUUCAAGGCGGUUUAACUGACGUAGAAGACAGGAAACAGAGAGAAAUUUGUGCCGAGUACAAGAAAAGACAUGAGGUGGACAAAGGAAAGCUGUCUGAGAUUGAGUUAGAAAGGGAAGAAGAGUGCGGCAUCUGUAUGGAGAUUGACAGCAAGGUUGUAUUGCCCAAAUGCAAUCAUGCAAUGUGUAUGAAGUGCUAUCAAACGUGGUUCGCAAGGUCACAAUCAUGUCCAUUCUGUCGGGAUAGUCUGAAAAGAGUGAAUUCAGGUGACCUUUGGAUCUACCCUGGCAAGAACGAAGUGGUUGAUUUAUCUGCAAUCACCAGGGAAAACUUGAAGAGGCUGCUUAUGUACAUUAAUAAGUUGCCUCUCAUUGUCCCGGAUUCUAUGAUUGUCUCUUAUGAUCCCCGUUACGAGUGAUACUUCUUUAUAUCUGUACAUAAAUCCGCUUCAAUGUAUACAAUUUUUGUAUAUAUUGAUCUUGUGACAAGCAUUUAUGUCUCGAAUCAUAUGUUUAUUCUUUUCUACCGCA